UCUGCCAAGACAAUGGAAGUUAUCAAUGUCAUUGCCUUACCAAUGCUCCCAUUGGACGAGCGCCUGGUGGUCUCUGUCAACGCCCGGACAGUGCUGGAGAAUGCCCUAAGGAAGCAGCUGCAGGACAACCCACCCACAUGCAUUGUUGGCUCCAUGAGCCAGGUGAACCAGAAGAUCACUGAAGUAGAGCUGGGCUCCAGCCUGGUGAUCAGCACCUCGGCAAUUGAGGACUAUGAGUUGGAGAAGAAGUCUUUAAGAGAGAAGACUCACGGCAGCCCGGGAGACAGAGUCAAGAAACUGAAGGAAGAGCCACCAAUAUCCUGCCAAGGUUCAGAGCUCCGGAAUCCCAGACUGAUCCCCUCAAAAAGGAAAACGGCAGAUAAGAAUCUGCUUGCAGAGCUACACGAACAUCCCCCAUUUGAUGAAAUGAAGCCCAACAAACUACCCAAUGGCGUGGACUUCUGCGACAUGGUGGGCAAUGUGAUCCGGUCUGAGAAAAACCCCCUAAGUGGCAAGUCUUACUGUUCGGACAGAGAACUAGAGAAGUUUCUGUGUUCUCCUAAUCUCACCGCCAUAUGGCUGGAUAGCUUUUGGUGGCUAUUUCAUGAAAGGUACCAGCCAGACAAGGAGGUCCAGAAAAGACUGUUUGACCGAAUAGCCCGAAAUUACGCCUCCCUGUUGUCCAAAAUGUGUCGGUCCCAUUAUGAAGAGGCACUCUUAAAGAGGCUCUCUUCACUUCUGAGCAAAGCCAUGUACACCAGCUUCUGCUGCUGCUUCCCCCAGUCCUGGUUCAACACCCACGAAUUCAAGUCAGUGAUCUGCAACACCAUGGACCUAUGGAUUUCAGGGACAUGUCCUUGCCCACAGAGCUAUGACAAUUGGGACUACUCAGAACUGGAUCCAGAGAGGUUCCGGAGAGAAGAGUUGAUGCUGCAGAGCAGUCGGCUUAUCAAGGCAAGAGAGUUCACCCUCUUCUCUUGUAAGAAAUCCUCCAUCCAGAAGAUAGAGAAGAAGAAGAAGAAGAAGAAGAAGUUUCGUAACCAUGUGGUUCUCCUGAAGACUUCUUGUUCACAUAUAAUAAAUGAAAAAGACCCUUCAAGUAAGAAGACCACAGAGGAAAAAUGGAGGUGUCGCACCGUAAGAGAUCACACCAUACCUACUCUGUUCUCCAGGAAAGCCACACAGCAAGUCAAGCGGAUAUCACAUGUCAGAGCAUGCAUUAAUAUGUAUGUAAAAAAGUCCCACCCUGCUUGCAAAAUCCCUGAGCUGACUUCAAACCAGUUCAACCUUUAUGGAAAGAGCCCGCUAAUGGUGUACUUCUUCCUCAACUACUCCCAGUUGCAGCUGCCUGGUCUGGACCUGCUGGUCAGCAGGAGGGAAAAGACUGAAGUCGUUCCUGAAUCUGCCAUGACCUAUGCUGACAUCAUCCAGCUGGUCACAAAGAACAUGGAGAUUCGAAGGAAAAAGCUCCGGCAGCUAGACCAGAUGCACGAGAACGAGUGGAACUGUUUUAACAAUUACCUCAUGGAGCUGGAAGAAAACUUUGAGAGGGAGUUGGCUAUCAUCAAUAAGAAAGAACAAGAAAAGAGAAAGGCCAAGCACAUGGUUGUCUCCUCCUUGACGCUGUUUGAUGACUUGUUUGGCAAGAAACCAAAGGGAAGCAUGCACAGAGAAACUGCCUUUCUUUCAAGGAAGGAAAAAAGGGAGAUAGAAGAGAAACAAAAGGAUUUCCAUUCCCCUUUCUCAUUUCGAAGCUCUGUGGAUAACUAUUCCCUGGGCCUAAAAAGCCCCUACAGAAUCAAGUCGUCUUCCAGCGAUCACGGCACCGGCACCAGUAAGUCCAAAGGCAAGCAGAACAUGCUCUUCCGACUCUCACCCUCCUCCAUGGAAUGAACAGGAGGAGACCACAAAGGUGACACCCAUGUCUGUGGUCAGAUGUGAUGGAAAACAAUCAGCAAUGGCAAUGAGAGCCCUACUGCAGCCAGGGACAUAUGGGGUCUCUCCCAGUGCACGGGAGAAAGACCAUUAAAGUUCAUACCUAUCAUGAACCAUUCAGGGUUUAGAGAUGCCAAUUCACCUCAUCUAUCAGACAUUUACCAAUUUGUUCUUUCAUUCACUUGAUAAUAACAACACAAUCUUAACACAUCCUUAUGAAACAUAGCAAGACCUUG